GAGGGAGACGGCGGCGCGGUCGGAGGGGGCCGGCGCGCGGAGCCAGACGCCGCCGCCGCUUGUUUUGGUUGGGGCUCUCGGCAACUCUCCGAGGAGGAGGAGGAGGAGGAGGAGGGAGGAAGGAGGAGGGGAGAAGUAACUGCAGAGGCAGCGCCUCCCGGGAAGAGGCGUCUUCCCGGACUUCUUCCCAAACCUACUCCCUCGCCUCCCGCCCUCGGCCCCCUCCUCGCCUUCCCCUGCCGCCCGGAGGAGCCAGGGGCAGGGAUGUGCCUGUCCCUCCGGCGCGUCCCCAGCUCCCCCGGUUGCCUAGGUGCGUUUCGCGUGGAAAAGCCACUUUCUCCGCCCGCCGAGAUGGGCCCGAGCGGGGGCUGCAGAGGACGCGUCUGCGGGCGGCGGCGGCGGCCGCAGCAGCAGCAGCAGCAGCAGCCGCAGCGCCGCGGUCUCCGCGAUUGAGCUGGUAUUUGGGCGGCUGGUGGCGGCGGGGACUGUUGGGGGGUGAGAGGAGGCGGAGGAGGAGGAGGGAGAACCCCGUGCAACGUUGAGACUUGGCAGCUCGCCUCCCCCUGCCCAAGGAUAUUUAAUUUGCCUCGGGAAUCGCCUCUCGCAGAGGGGACCUCGGGAGGGAAGGCGCGCGCGCGCCCGGAGGGGCCACCCGGCGACCCCCGGCCUCUGUCGCCUGCCCGCUCGGGACUCCGGCUCGGGCGGCGAGGAGAGAUGCAUCCACACUCCUUCCCGGAGACUCGGCUCUGGGAGGAUCCGGGCUGCACCCCCGCCGGACGCACUGCCUCUCCCCCGGGUGUUUGCAUGAAACGCCCGUGAACUCUGGUCGGGGCUCAUCUCCUCGUCCUCGCAGCCGCAGCGCCCUGCUUGGGCUGCUCCUUCCCCGGCGCGGGGUGGGGGGGAGGAGGGCGGCGUGGAUUUGGGAGUCGGGGUUUUUGGCCGCCUCCAGCCCUGUUUGCAUGCGCGGGGCCUCGGCGAGGAGCCUCCGCCCCCCACCGGGUGGAUUUUCGGCGCCUCCCUCCGCUCGGCGGAGGCGGAGGUGGCGGCGGCGGCAGCAUGGCGAGCCCCGCGGACGCCGAGGGCUUCUCGGACGUGCGCAAGGUGGGCUACCUGCGCAAACCCAAGAGCAUGCACAAGCGCUUCUUCGUGCUGCGGGCGGCCAGCGAGGCGGGGGGCCCGGCGCGCCUGGAGUACUACGAGAACGAGAAGAAGUGGCGGCACAAGUCGAGCGCCCCCAAACGCUCGAUCCCCCUCGAGAGCUGCUUCAACAUCAACAAGCGGGCCGACUCCAAGAACAAGCACCUGGUGGCCCUCUACACCCGGGACGAGCACUUCGCGAUCGCGGCGGACAGCGAGGCCGAGCAGGACAGCUGGUACCAGGCCCUCCUGCAGCUGCAUAACCGCGCCAAGAGUCACCACGACGGGGCCGCGGCCCCCGGGACCGGGACGGGGGGCGGCGGCGGCGGCGGCGGCGGCGGGGGCAGCUGCAGCGGCAGCUCCGGCCUGGGCGAGGCCGGGGAGGACCUGAGCUUCUUCGGCGACUGCAACCCCGGGCCCGCCUUCAAAGAGGUCUGGCAGGUGGUCUUGAAACCCAAGGGCCUGGGCCAGACAAAGAACCUGAUCGGCAUCUACCGCCUCUGCCUGACCAGCAAGACCAUCAGCUUCGUGAAGCUGAACACGGAGGCGGCCGCCGUGGUGCUGCAGCUGAUGAACAUCCGGCGCUGCGGGCACUCGGAGAACUUCUUCUUCAUCGAGGUGGGCCGCUCCGCCGUCACCGGGCCCGGGGAGUUCUGGAUGCAGGUGGACGACUCAGUGGUGGCCCAGAGCAUGCACGAGACCAUCCUGGAGGCCAUGCGGGCCAUGAGCGACGAGUUCCGGCCUCGCAGCAAGAGCCAGUCCUCCUCCAACUGCUCCAACCCCAUCAGCGUGCCCCUGCGCAGGCACCACCUCAACAACCCGCCGCCCAGCCAGGUGGGGCUGACCCGCCGCUCCCGCACCGAGAGCAUCACGGCCACCUCGCCCGCCAGCCUGGUGGGCGGCAAGCAGGGCUCCUUCCGCGUCCGCGCCUCCAGCGACGGCGAAGGCACGAUGUCCCGCCCGGCCUCGGUGGACGGCAGCCCCGUGAGCCCCAGCACCAACAGGACGCACGCCCACCGCCAUCGGGGGGGCUGCUCGCGGCUGCACCCCCCGCUCAACCACAGCCGGUCCAUCCCCAUGCCUUCCUCCCGCUGCUCGCCCUCGGCCACCAGCCCCGUCAGCCUGUCCUCGAGCAGCACCAGCGGGCACGGCUCCACCUCGGACUGCCUUUUCCCGCGGAGAUCCAGCGCUUCCGUGUCCGGCUCCCCGAGCGACGGCGGCUUCAUCUCCUCCGACGAGUACGGCUCCAGCCCCUGCGAUUUCCGGAGCUCCUUCCGCAGUGUCACCCCGGAUUCCCUGGGCCACACCCCGCCGGCCCGCGGGGAGGAGGAGCUGAGCAACUAUAUCUGCAUGGGAGGCAAGGGGGCCGCCUCCACGCUCGCCGCCCCCAAUGGCCACUACAUCUUGCCUUCUCGGGGUGGCAAUGGCCACCGCUACCUCCCGGCCGCUGGCGCUGGCGUGGGCACCACGAACUCGGCCCAGGCUGGGGAGGACGCGGCCGGUGCUGCUGCCGAGCUGGACAAUCGGUUUCGCAAGCGGACUCACUCCGCUGGCACAUCCCCCACCAUCUCCCACCAGAAGACCCCGUCGCAGUCCUCCGUGGCUUCCAUUGAGGAGUAUACAGAGAUGAUGCCCGCCUGCCCACCAGGAGGGGGCAGUGGAGGCCGGCCGCCCAGCCACCGGCACUCCGCCUUCCUGCCCACCCAGUCCUACCCGGAGGAGGGUCUGGACAUGCUCCCCCUGGAGCGCCGCGGAGGGGGCCAAGGCCGCCCCGACACCUCCAGCCUCCACACGGAUGAUGGCUACAUGCCCAUGACCCCAGGGGUGGCCCCGGUGCCAGGCAGCCGGAAAGGCAGCGGGGACUACAUGCCGAUGAGCCCCAAGAGUGUGUCUUCCCCGCAGCAGAUCAUCAACCCCCUCAGACGCCAUCCCCAGAGGGUGGACCCCAAUGGCUACAUGAUGAUGUCCCCAAGUGGCAGCUCCUCCCCGGACACUGCGGGUGGGCCCAGCAGCAGCAGCAGCAACAGUGCCGCCCCUCCUCGGAGUAGCUAUGGGAAGCCCUGGACAAAUGGGGUUGGGGGCCACCCCUCCCACCCGCUGCCACCCUCCAAACUACCCCCGGAGAGCAGCGGUGGGAAGCUCUUGCCUGGUACAGGCGACUACAUGAACAUGUCACCGGUGGGGGACUCCAGCACCAGCAGCCCCUCCGACUGCUACUGCGGCCCCGAGGACCCCCAGAACAAGCCGGUGCUCUCCUACUACUCAUUGCCAAGGUCCUUCAAGCACACCCAGCGCCCGGGGGACCCGGAGGAGGCCGCCCGGCACCAGCACCUGCGCCUUUCCUCCAGCUCUGGCCGCCUUCUCUAUGCUGCAGCCGCCGAAGAUUCCUCUCCCUCCACCAGCAACGACAGCCUGGGUGGGGGAUACUCCGGGGGGAAGCCCGAGCCCAGCCUCCCGCCUCAACUCCACCAUCAGGUCCUGCAGACCCAUCUGCCUCGAAAGGUGGACUCGGCUGCGCAGACCAACAGCCGCCUGGCUCGGCCCACGAGGCUUUCCCUGGGGGACCCCAAGGCCAGCACCUUACCUCGGGCUCGAGAGCAGCAGCAGCCCGCGGCCCUCCUGCUCCCUCCGGAGCCCAAGAGCCCGGGGGAAUAUGUGAAUAUAGAGUUUGGGAGUGAUCAGCCUGGCUACUUAUCCGGUCCCGUGGCAUCCCACAGCUCACCUUCCGUCAGGUGUCCGUCCCAGCUGCAGCCAGCUCCCAGGGAGGAAGGGGCUGGCACCGAAGAGUACAUGAACAUGGACCUAGGGCCUGGCCGGAGGGCGCCCCCCUGGCAGGAGAGCCCUGCGGUCCAGCCGAGCAGAGUGGGCCCUGCACCUCCAGGGACCGCCAGCGCAUGCAGGCCUACCCGGGCAGUGCCUAGCACUCGGGGUGACUACAUGACCAUGCAGGUGGGUUGUCCCCAUCCGAGCUAUGUGGACACCUCUCCAGUCGCCCCUGUCAGCUAUGCUGAUAUCCGGACAGGCGUUGUGGAGGAGGGGAGCCUUCCCGGGGCUGCAGCGGCUGCUCCCUCCUCUUCCUCGACAGCCUCUGCUUCCCCCACUGCGCCUCAAGGAGCAGGGGAGCUGGUGGCCCCGCAGGGGUCCGGGGGCACGAGUGCCUUCACCCGGGUGAACCUCAGUCCCAGUGGCAACCAGAGUGCCAAAGUGAUCCGCGCAGACCCGCAAGGGUGCCGGAGGCGGCAUAGCUCCGAGACCUUCUCCAUGCCUAGCGCCCCCCGGGCCGGCAACACGGUGCCCUCAGCGGGGGCUGCAGUAGGGGGCAGCAGUGGCGGCGGCAGCAGCAGCAUUGAGGAUGUGAAACGUCACAGCUCUGCUUCCUUUGAGAACGUGUGGCUGAGGCCUGGGGAGCUCGGGGGAGCACCCAAAGAGCAGGCUCCAGUGCGAGGGGCUGCAGGCGGUUUGGAGAAUGGUCUGAACUAUAUAGACCUGGAUUUGGUCAAGGACUUCAAACAGCGCCCCCAGGAGCACCGCCCUCAGGGGCAGCGUCCCCAGCCCCCAACCCGUCAUCAUCAUCAUCAUCAUCCUCCAGGUAGCAGUGAGAGCAGCUCCUCCAGCCGCUCCAGGGAGGAUGUAAGCGCCUAUGCCAGCAUCAGUUUCCAGAAGCAGCCAGAGGACCUCCAGUAGCUCAACUGAACAUCACAGCAGAAUGAAGACCUAAAUGACCUCAGCAAAUCCUCCUCUAACUCAUGGGUACCCAGACUCGAACUAUUUCACAAUUCACAACCAGGACCUCACAUCUUCCUCCUCUGUAGAUGGUACGAUGCAUCCAUUUCCGUUUGUUUACUUUACAAAUCCUCAGGAGUCCGUUGACUGAACUGCACGUUCUUUAUUGUGCCAAGCAAAAAAAAAAAGCACUGUGACACCAGGACAAUGAGUCUGCAUAAAUUUCAUCUUCAACCUUAAGGACUUAGCUGACCACAUGAGCUGCUGUGCCCCACACCAUGCUGCGAGAGAAUGGGUUUCCUCUCAUCGCCAUCUACACGAUACAUUUCAUCUGCUGCUGAAACUGUGCGACAGAGCAUCGUUGUAAAUUAUUUCACACAAAACAGUUCGCGUUGGGUGGAGAGAGUGUUAAAUAUUUAACAUAGGUUUUGAUUUAUAUGUGUAAUUUUUUUAAUUAAAAUGAAACUUUUCUUACAGCGCACAUUUUUUUUUUUUUUUUUUUAGAUGUGGAACUGAGGUAUGCAAUGUUCUGUUGUAAAGAGUGGAGCAAAUGCUUAAAACAAGGCUAACAAGCGUAGACUAGGGUACGGCCCUUGUUUUAAGAUUGUAACUCAGAAAAAUAAUAUAAGAAUCAUAGUGCCAUAGGUGGUUCUCAAUUGUAUAGUUAUAUUUGCUGAUACUAUCUCUUGUAUUAUAGCCCUGGUGUUGAGCUGAGAUCCUUACAAGAAUCGAUCUUAAUUUUGUAUUUUUCCUGUAAAGCAAUAGGCCAUGUUAAUUGAGCUGAAGAAAGGUAUAUAGUCUACUGGGUAUUUUCGAGUGUCAGCUUAACAUUGGCAAUUGAAUGGAAGCCGAAAGAUAAGAAAAGGAAAUCAAAGUCUUCCAUUGUACAUACUGUACAGAGAAGGAGACAUGGGCAAUCCCUUCAAAUCAAAAGCUCUCUUUGGAAUGAACAAUGUGGGUGUUUGUAAAUUCUGGAAAUUUCUGUCUAUUCAUAAUAAACUAGAGAUUGUUGAUCUUUUCUUCUCCCCUCCCCCCACUUCUGUAAGCUUCCUGCUACAUUGCACCAUUUUCUUUUGUACACACAUCAGGAUGUUUCAUUUCUUACACUGUCUCAAGAAAGAUACUAAGACAAGUGAGCUUGUCUUUAAUUUCUAAUCAGAAAUUAAAAUUCCAGAAACUGGUUUUUUUUAAUUUUUUUUUUUUUGUAUUGACCAGAGCUACGUGCCACUUUCUUUAACAGCUUAUCUCAUGCUUUCUGAGAACUUCCAGUGUUUCUUGAUUUAACUGAAUGUAAUUUGGCCCAUUUGCCCUUGUGGGUACUAGACUAUUAGUGGUUAGUUAAUAAAACCCAGUGUACAGAGAGCCCACUAAAGCUUAAUGACCAGCUAUUGAAAUAUCUUGCCAGCAGUGAAAAUGUUAAUUUUUUUCUUCUUUGGCAAGUACUCAUAUCUUGGAAUUUUUCCUUUGGAAAUAGAAAAUGGCAAUGAACAGACUUAAAAGAUAUUGCCUACAGAGUUUUUAACCUUUUUACCAGGAAACUUCCUAUAAAUUAAGUAAGUAAUGCCAAUAUCAGGUUCCCUCGGAGUCUGUGUAAACUCUGUAUCAGAAAUUCCCAGCCCUAUUGUUGACGUAGCAACGUUUUAUUUUUUGUAGAACUGCUCAGUGGGCAGGGUUGGGCUAAAGGAAAGAGCCAGGGUUGGGGGUGCUCUCCUCAAAAGGGAGGGGAGAUACAUGAAACCCCUUACACUGCUGAGGCCUGUGUUACUGUUAAUUCAACUGGAUGGCCUGUACCUCACAGACUGUUGUACAAUGUUCAUUGUUGCAGAUUCUAAUCAUUUGCAUGCUCAUCAAUUUCUAAGAUAAAUAGGUCUGUAGUCAUAUGAAUCCAUUGUUUUCAAGGAACUUGCUAAAUUACAUCAUUUCCUAUUAGGAGAAACACUACCAAUUAUAAAAAUCUGAUAAGAACUUUCUUUUACUCUUUUAUGAAAAACACUUUGUUGGUCAAACUAACUUUCAUUUUUCAAGUAUUCUGACUUAUACUCUUGCUAGUGUAGGAGACAGUAGGCUAUCCUGCUCUUCCCAAACAGAAAUCAAUGAACAAAGUCAGCCCCUAUCAUUUUCCUGUCAAGCUGGUUAUUAUUUCUCAAGGAACCUAAAUGUUGAUUGUUUCCGAGAUACCUCUGCAUGUGGCAUUAUCAACCAAUUCUGGGUGAAAGUAGGAAUGAACAGACUGGAAAACCCCAUCUCGUGGUGUCUAGUUCUCUGAUGUUUUGUUCAGUUAAAUGGCAUAAGGGUAGACAUUCUUAUCUAAGCUGCUUCUAGUGGUCCCUAAGCUGGGUUUGAAAGUGCUAUCAAAUUUCACCGAUUUGAAACUGGAAGUUGCUGGUAUUUGAAGGGGGGUGGGGGGGAAGGUUGAUCUUGAGCAGCUGCUGAAUCCGUGUGUUCAGUUCCUGUUGGGGAGACUUGGCUUUUAUCCAUUUCAAAGUAUUUGUAGGCCAGCUAAAAGCUCACAUUAAUAGGGAAUCAGGUGGACUCUGUUUAUAAGUUACUGGCUUUUUCUUCAUGAGACCACUUUCAUAGUAUUCUUUUUUAGAGACUUAGGAAGAGUUUUAACAUUUUUCCUUUGUGGAGAGAACAAAUAUAUUUCAUGACUUCGAUGAUAGCUUUGUUCUGGGCAAAAAAGAAAAAAAGAAAAAAAAAGUUCUAGAACCAGCUAGAAGUGAAGAGAAUCCAUUAAUGAUCAACUGCCUGAGUCAAUACUGUUCUGAUGUUACAUUGGUGGCUAUUUCUUGCUCACUUUCAAAGGUCAGGGACUCUCUAGACUAAUCUAGGUUGACUGCAAAUGUUCAUUUACUAAAAAUCAUCUAGCCAGAGGUGGAGUAAAAAUCAUCUAGCCAGAGGUAGAGAUUUCUAACUUUUCCUUCCCUGACUAUUGUUUCCUAGCUAGUUAUCUUUUCAAUGUGAGACAGAGUGUUAAGAAACAACUGUACUACACUGUAAGAAACAGGGUUGUGCAAUCCUGUGAAGCUCUGUUGUGUUCCUGAAUGCAAUGUGCCAUGUCGUUGAAAAUUUUAGCUUUAUUUACUAGAAGAGGUUGAAGAUGGGGGAGGGAAGCUCAUUGUCCACAGACACAAAAGAGCCAUGAGAAAUGGGAUGACUGUGAAGUGCUCCAAGUGCUUUGGCAGAGCUCUGUGGGUCAGUCCAUCACAUGAGGAGGUGUUGAAGCCCCAGACACUGUGGGAAUUAAGACCUUGAUUGGGGAGAGACGGAACCCUUUGGAAGGCAUGUGAAGGAGGAUGGAUGGAAGCCAAAUAUGAAAUCGCUUCUUUGCAAUGACUUGACAGGGGAGUUGAGUGUUCCUAGGACACGGUGAAUGUUGGUUGGCGGUGAUGCUGCAUUCAUAUAGGCUGCUGAGAAACCCAGAGAGGAAAAAGCAUGAGCUGCUAGGGACAGAAGAAAUGUGACAUUGCCAAUACUAAGAAAAGACCUCUAGUCUGUGACCUUUGCUAUGGAGAGCAUAAACAAUCUUCUUGUAGUUAGUAAAACAUCAAUGGUUGAAUGCUGGUGCCUGUGGUCAUUUCCAAAGCCAAGACAGAGAAAACCUUGGAGGUCCUUCCAUAGCUCCGUAAUCCAUCCCCUAAGUGUAGACAGAGAAAAUAUGCAACAUGUGGCAUGUUGAGGUAUCCCUCCCUUCUUGUAACCAGAACAUCACGUAAGUGCUGGGAGGAAGUAGAAGGAUAUUGAAGAUGUUUCACCCUAAUCUUAAGGAAUUUCAGUAAUAAGGAGCUUAUUAUCAGCUUAUAAGAUUAGAAACUGUAUGACUUAGCUGGGGAGUUGUCCUCCUUUCCUGGUUUGUUCCAAGAGAUCUGGUGUUUUAGACUUUUGCCAUUCACCCUGCAUUUCAGUUUCUCUCUUUGCUUAAGUGAUUAAUUUCCCCAAUGUUAACCCAAUAUACCACCUGAUAGGUCAAAUACAGUGAACAGGAAAACUUGCCUGUAUUUGUAUAGACAUUUUUAGUCUUUCGUUGUUUUAGAACUUUUCUACUGGAUUAAGAAUAUAGUUCCUGGGACAAUUUUUCUUGCAAAGCUCUUUCCUUACACUUCUUGGCUACAGGGUGGGCCAAAUUAAAUACAUAUAUAUUUUUUUUAUUUCAUGUAUGUGCAGUUUGGUUUAUCAUCUGAAGAUGGUGGUGCUGCUCAUGGUGCUACUUCAUCUGUGUAUAAAAGGACCAAGCAUGGUCUGUAUUGCUACCAAAACAUUUAUUGUAUAUAUGUGUAUAACAUGCAUUAUGUAUAUAUGUAAUGGGUACCAGGCCAGGUAUAUAUUUUUAUUUAGAAGUGUUUUACUUUUCCAAGUUUUCUUUAGAGUGUUAUGCUUAUUUUCAGUUUCCCCCCCUGAUUCUGUCUGGUACUUAGAAUUGUAGUGUCUUCAUCGUUAAUUAAAGAAAACUGUCUAAAUGAA